GAAACAAGGUGACCGAAAACUAUAUAUCUCCUUUUUCACGAAAGUAAUAACAGUGUAAAGACUCCAUAAAAUGGCGGGCAACAUAUACACUAAUUACCGAUAUGAGUCACAAUACCUACCCUGUCACGAAGGUAUGAACUGGCUACUGGGCCGGGCUUGUUUGUGAUUGACGUAUGAAUGUUGAGACACUGAAAGGUUAACAGAGAACACUGACCGGGUUGGGUCACACCGGAUUCUGGUUCUGGUUCAAUAUGGCCUGUUAUGUCAUAACAAGGAAGUCAAGAAGACAGUCCUGAAGUCAUGUUUUAACAGCGUUCUGCAUGUGCAGAGGAAACAUUUCGUCAUGACGUGUAACAAGCCGAGAAUGUUCAGGACAGGACUAGCGCUCCUUUUUACAUUGACCUUGGUUACGUUAUACCUAAGUAGGCUCCAACGGUCCAUGAUUUCAGAACUACGAUUUCACCCGAGGAAGUCUAUCACUACCCACAGUGUCGAAAAGCAGACAGCAAAAAUUAUACUGACCAAAGAUAACGUGGCAACAACCUCAGGACGGCCGAGUGCAAUAAGAAGCGUCAAACCUGAGGCCACCGAUCAGACCACUGUCCAAAACAGUACAGCACAACUAUCGGUACCUGGACUCAGUGCUACGCAAACAACCCCAGGACGGACGAGUACCAUAGGAAGCGUCAUAGCUGAUUCAACCAACCGGACCACUGUCCAAAACAGUACAGCACAACUAUCGUUACCUGGACUUGCUACGCCAACAACCUCAAGACGACCAACUAUAGCUAGUACCAUAAGAAGCGUCAUCGCUGAUUCCAUCAAUCAGACUACUGUCCAAAACAGUACAGCUCAACUGUCGGUACCUGGACUCAGUACUACGCAAACAACGUCAAGACGGCCGAGUACCAUAGGAAGCGGCGUCAACGCUGAUACAACCAACCAGACCACUGUCCAAAACAGUACAGCACAACUAUCGGUACCUGGAAUUACUACGCAAACCACCUCCGAAACGGCCGAGUACCAUAGGAAGCGGCGUCAACGCUGAUACAACCAACCAGACCACUGUCCAAAACAGUACAGCACAACUAUCGGUACCUGGAAUUACUACGCAAACCACCUCCGAAACGGCCGAGUACCAUAGGAAGCGGCGUCAACGCUGAUUCAACCAACCAGACCACUGUCCAAAACAGUACAGCACAACUAUCGGUACCUGGAAUUACUACGCAAACCACCUCAAAACGGCCGAGUACCAUAGGAAGCGGCGUCAACGCUGAUACAACCAACCAGACCACUGUCCAAAACAGUACAGCACAACUAUUGCCGGUACCUGGACUUGUUACGCCAACAACCACAAAACGGCCAACUAUAGCUAGUACCACAGAAAGCGUCAUCGCUGAUUCCAUCAAUCAGACCACUGUCAAAAACAGUACAGCACAACUAUCACUAGCUCGACUUACUACGCCACCAACAGAGAGUACAAACGCCCUAUCCCCACCGAAAACCGGAACUUUUAAUGAAACAAAUGCGACAGUAAAUGACUCCGAACAGCAUUGCUGUUUCAACAGUACAGAGGUGCAGAAGAUGAGACAACAUAUACUCAAGUUUUACAACCCUGACAAACAUAUGACUCUAAAGAAAUCCGGCGUCCGGAUUGGACAAGGUCUAAAAUAUGGAUCUGCAUAUCGUCCUAAGAAGUCGAAGUCAUUCAAGGUCACCGACGACUUCUUUAACUUAAUCCCAGAAGAAUCACCUCUGAAGGACCGCCAUUUCAACACGUGUGCAGUCGUGGGCAACUCUGGGAUUGUGUUGAACAGCAGCUGUGGUCAAGAAAUCGACUCCAUGGACUUCGUCAUUCGGUGUAACCUGCCUCAAAUCGAAGGUUAUGAGAAAGAUGUCGGCUCCAAGGUGAAUCUAACCACAAUGAACCCAUCCGUGGUCAAGAAUAACUUCGGACAGUGGAACAACAAAACACACACAGAUUACGAUCGGUUGUUAGGACGUCUGAAACAAGUUGGCGACCAGAUCCUGUAUGUACCUGUUUUAACGUCCGCCUUUGGAGAUAAGUACGCGAGGGUGAUCAUAGAGAUUAUUCUCCAACACAACCUGUCCAUCAAGACUGCUUUUCCACCGGCGGGAAUCAACAAACUCAUGAACAAAAUUUGGACAGAGGCUGGGUAUAAGAUCGUUGCGCUCCGACCGUCCACGGGUGCUCACAUGUACACCCUGGCUGCCACCAUCUGCGACCAGAUCCACAUGUACGGCUUCUAUCCGUUCAGCGAGGACACACGAGGCAGGGCGCUGCGGCACCACUACUACGACACCAAGGAGAUGAUCAGCCAUACUGCCAAUAGGACUCAUAACAUGCCGGAGGAAUUUAGGGCAUUUCAGAAGCUCCAUAUGCGGGGUGCAUUGGUACUGCAUAUGAUACAGAACCAUGCCAUUUAUCUCCGUGAAAGAAUUCUUUCAGGUCUUUUGAAAACUUUUAGAAGUAAAAUAAGUAAUUUGCAAAAAGUCUAAAUAAUUGACAGAAGUAUGGGAUUCCAUAGUUAUUCGCAAUUGAAUACACUGAUGGGUCUUAGGUAAGGUCUCGCUGGAUUGCAAUGAAGUGAAUGGAAAGAUAACUCAAAGGUUACAUGCAAGAAGUGGCAGGUCAGAGCAAGGAGCUCCUUGGUCAGAGUUGGUAAAACUACUGAUAAA